AUGGAGUCUGAAAUUCCUUCGUCUUCUUCUCAAACCCCUCCCGUCGAUAAUCCAUCAAACACUGAUAAUCCGCCUCCUCAAUUCACCAUUUCCCCUUCCAUCUUCACAAAUCCGACAAGUCCGUUCUAUCUCCCUCAAGGAGAAUCUAUGGGAGCCAUUCUUGUUUCUCAGCCCUUAAUCGGUGAAAAUUAUAACACUUGGAGCCGCUCAAUGAUCGUGGGGCUCACUGCCAAAAAAAAAUUGGCGUUUGUCGAUGGUUCUCUUCCUCAACCCUCGAUUGAUACUGGUGUCGAGAAUCAAGCUUGGAUCCAUUGCAAUAAUAUGUCUUGGAUCCUUAGUUCCAUCUCCAAAGAGAUUGCUACGAGCAUCAUCUAUAUUGAUACAUGGCAUGGCAUGUGGCUCGACCUAAAGGAACGUUUCUCGCAGAAGAAUGGCCCUAGGGUUUUUCAGCUUCAGAAAUCGAUCUCGGCCCUUUUGUAA